CCUCAUUUGCAGUGUUUAUAGAGUUGAUCCAUGUCUAUACCUUCAGUGAUGACGAUUGGCAGCUCAGACAUGAAGCGCUCUGCUGUGAUUGUCCUGAUGCUCCACGCCUGCUGUGGCUUCUCACAAAUUUCCCACGAGCUUGUUUACUCCAUGGGCUGUUUCGUGAAUGGCACAACAGACGCACAGUUUAAAUUUGACAACGAGGAGAUUUAUUUUGUUGACUUCCAAAAUGAGAAGCUCAUAUACACUGUGCCCAUUUCUAUUGAUCCUGAUCCAUAUCCAAUUUGGGCAAAUUUAAAACUGGAGGAUUCUCUGGACAAUAAGAAAUUCUGUUUCUUUUUAACUAAUGAGGAGGCAAAGUAUGAAGAAAAUUCACCAGAAGAAAGAGAUCCUCCUGAGAUCAUGCUCUUUCUUUCUCAAGAACUUGAAUUAGGAUUGGAAAACAAGCUCAUCUGCUUUGUGAAUCAUUUCUACCCUCCGUCUGUCGACGUCCGCUGGACUAAAAACGGUCACCCAGUGUCUGAGGGGGUGUCACUCAGUAGAUAUUAUCUCAAUAAGGAUCAAACUUUCCACCAGUUCUCAACUCUGACAUUCACACCGAGCGAAGGCGACAUUUACAGCUGCACCGUGGAGCACUCGGCCCUGGAGACGCCUAAAACAAGGAUAUGGGCCUCUUUAUCCUCUUCUUGCUGUUGUUGGAGUUAACAGCAGGAGCGUUCUAUGGACAUGGCGUGGCCCGCUGCCUCUUCACUUCCACCGACGGCCAUGAUGCCACGUACCUGGAGCAGUACUACUUUAACAAGGUGUUAAUGUAACAUGUAAUAAAGUUCCACAAUGUUCCAUCAUGAAUCUAUGUGUUAUUGGGCCAGUACAACAGCUCUGUGGGCAAAAUGGUUGGCUACACAGAACAUUUAAAGUGGCUUAUAGAUCUGCUCAACGGCAAUGAAGAGUUUAUGGAUCUUCUGGUGUGGAAAACUAAACGUUGUGUAAAAAGUGUCCCACUGGUGAUGAAUGGCCUUCUGCACCCAGGUGACUAUGACACAGCAGAAUGUGAAACAUAAAAGCUGUAACAAAAAGAUAUUUAAUAGCUCAUCUUCAAAAAAAGUGCUCACAUACAGUAUUUAUAUGUAUACAUACUGUGUAUAUAUUUGUAUACGUUUAAUAUUUGAUAUAUCUUCCCUCUGUUUGUUUGUGAGCUGUGUAUUUCCUUGUAGUUGAGCCCUACGUCCUAUUGAGGUCAGUGAAGGCAGCCACCAGUGAACAUCCAGGCGUUCUCAUUUGCAGCGUGUACAACUUUUAUCCCUCAAACCUUAACACAAAAAUAAAGCAUGCAGGACGUUAUUAAGCGGAAAUAUCCAUCAAAGUUUAUGAUAAUUAUCAUUUCAGAGCCUGGUACUGACCC